GUUUGUUUUUACAAUAUUGCCUGUGUGUAGUACUUAAUAAAUACAUAGGUAUGGAAGGAUACAUUUUAACUAUAGAAGUGUAAAUGUGUUAUUUUUUAUUAGCGUAGAAAAGUUUUUUCAAUAUAGAUAUUUUAAAUUGAACAAUUUACAUCGUUAAGUCUAUAAAUAAUUUUAAUACUUUUCAUGUGCAAUUGUAUAUUAUCUGCUGCAGUUAUGUAUAAUGAUGGACCAAUCGUCCAAUAAUAAUAAUUAUGGUAUAAAAUAAAUAAAAAUUUAAGUUCAAGCAAAAGAAAUCGUCAGCUUUCACUCAAAAUAGAGGAUAAAAAAUAAAAAAUAAUUCUGGUUUGGAAAACGAUGAAAUUCAUAAAUAAAUCAAUUUUUCUAAUACUUUUGAUUGUGUUAUCAAAGACUCAAGCUGAUAGUUUCGACGAAGUAAAUUUAAUUAAAACAAGAAAAGUGGUAAUUGACAACACAUUUUAUGAAAAAUGCGUUUCCAAGCAGUUUACUUGCUAUAGUUCUGCUAAAUAUAGAUCCAUGGAUGGUACGUGCAAUAACUUACAAAAUCCCUUAUGGGGUUCAUCUUUUUCUCCUUACAUCAGACUGGAUAAAGCUUAUUAUGCGGAUGGUAACUUUUCUAUGCGAGUACAAUUUAGAGAUGGCAAGCCACUGCCUAGCGCUCGAACAUUACAGGUGGGGAUUUUUUGGAUGCAAACACCUUCAUGGGAUAUUCCAGACAUAAACAAUUAUCAAGUUAAUCAAUUCGGCCAAUACCUUGCACAUGACAUUACUUUAAUGCCAUCUAAUUUUGCGGUUCCCCCAAAUGAUUGCUGUGAAGUUCAGGGUCAGAAAAAUAUUCCACUUUCUUGCCAAGCAGUGAUUAAGGUAGAAGCAAAUGAUCCUUCGUAUUCUAUUAUCAACAAGACAUGUCUUCCAUUUAAACGAGCAAUGACAGCUGCUAUUGAUUUUAACUGUCCAAUUUUUCCUCAAAUACCUUUUAAUCAACAAACCGCGUUUAUAGACGCAUCUCAAUUGUAUGGACCAACCCCCAAAAAAGCAGCCUCUCUUCGAUCUUUUCAAGGUGGAAAAUUAAAAACAGAGGAAAUUAAUGGACAAAAAUUUGGUAUUCAAGUACAAAGAAACGGAUCAAAACUUUGUGGUGGUCGAAAUAAUGUGAAUUAUUGUUUCAAUCGAGGCGAUGUUAGAAAUAAUCAGCAUUUUGGUCUCAUAUUAUACGAAGAGACGUUUCUUAGGUUUCAUAAUUUAAUAACAGAUUUGUUAAUCGAAUUAAAUCCACAUUGGAUAGAUGAAACUCUGUAUCAUGAAGGUCGAAGGAUCGUAAUAGCAUUUGAGGAGAUUAUAGUUUACCGAGAUUACUUGCCUAUUUUACUUGGUAAAGACUAUUGCGAUAGCGUUGGAUUAUCUCUUUCUAAAGAUAAUAAGACUGUGUAUGAUCCAACAAUUAUGCCUCAAUUGGCUGUUGAAUUUUCAGCAGCUGCUUUUCGAAUUCCACACAACGUUGCACCUAUGUUUUAUUAUUUUUUAGAUCAGAACUAUGAUGUCACAGAAAUAUACAAACUUAACGAGUUCAUGGGAAUAGCUGAUCAAAUAGUACCUAUAAAUAAGCUUGAAGAGUUACUGAGGGGUAUGUGCUACAAUCAGGGUCGUAGUCCAUUACCAAAUUAUAAUCCUUUGAUAACAAGCCGUUUGUUUCAUGGUUGGGUAAAGGGUGCUGCAGACCAAGACUUAGCCAGUAUAGAUGUUCAAAGAGGUCGUGAUUCUGGUAUACCUCCAUAUUAUAAAUUCAGAGAAAUUUGCGGUUUUAAAAAUAUUACAUCAUUUAAUGAUUUAGUUGGUAUAUUCUAUGAUGAUUUUGACAUUGGACGGUUGCAAUUAUUUUAUGACAGUGUCUUCGAUAUAGACUUCAUAGUCGGAGCUUUGCUUGAAAAAAAUGUUGAAGGUGGAAUGGUUGGUGAAACAGCAAGAUGCAUAAUCGCUGAUUCAUUUUUUCGUUCAAGGAAUGGGGAUCGCUUUUUUUUCGAUGUACCAGAUCAACCUGGAAGUUUUACUGAAGAACAACUUGAUGUCUUAUGGAGUCUCGAUCUUAGUCAAUUAUUUUGUUUAACGACAAACAUUGAUCAAUUACCAGUUGAUAUUUUCAAACCAUUGGAGGUUUUAGACAUGUACGACUGCAAAUCAAUAGAGUUGAACCUAGGACCAUGGAAAGUUGAUAACACUGGUUAAGUUAAUAAAUAAACAUUUUACUUCAAAUGGAAAUUAAUAAAAAAAUAAAAUCAAGUAUUAUUUUAAAUAGUAUACAUGUGUAUGGUACUGAAACUACCAAAAAAUAAAUAAUUAUCUAAUUAGAGUAAUAAAAUAGAUUUAAUUUUAAAAAUUGUACAAUACAUUUAAAUUAAAAUAAAAAUACUUGCAAAAAGUGAUU